AUGCAUCGUAUGGUCCGUUGCCAGGAUACGGUACAUUCCCCUCGGUUGUUCGGCUAGCUGCUCUCGCUAACACCGUUUCGACGCAGAAAAUCGCGUUUAGACUGAAGUCAGACUCGGUAAUUUAACUUGAAAUCAUAUAAAGACAGAGGUUUGGUCCUCGUUUGGUUUUUUUAAUCCCCGGACACCGUGUUUACAGUCUCCCGUUGACUGUUUGAACUAUCUCGCGAUUCGGUUUGUUGCCUGGCGGCUAAUGUUAGCCUAACGGCGGGCUUUGUUGCUACAGAGAGGCCGUGACGGUGCCGGAGAGAAGUCGGUAGUAACGGGGCAGAAACACGGUCCAAGCGGUUGGACAGUCGAUUUUAACGGACAGGCAAACGAGCGCAUCGACCGGAAAGUCUGUCCAAGUUACAGAUAAACGCUUAAACUGGUUAGAAAGUCGGUUUUAACCUCGCGGAUAAACGGUUCAAUCGGCUCUAAAGCGGAUAUAACCGGCGGAUAAAUGUGUGUAACGCCGUGAUCCGUCGGUGUCCUAUGGAGCGGGCUGACCGGGGUAAAGACACCCGGCUGCUGAAGAACCAGCCGUACGACGAGAGCCUGGAGGUCAUCGACUCCGAGGAGGUAGCGAGCGUCUACAGCCCGACUCCCCGCAGCCAGCGUCAGCCAGAGUCCAGGAGGAGCAGGGGAGGUCGUGGCCUGAUGUCGGCCAACAGCAGCAGUGAUGAGUUUGAUGUGGACCACAAGCCUCAGAGGCCCAAAGAGCCAAUCGGCGGGCAGCCCGGGGUAAGUCCGAACGAGGAGGACGAGGAGGAGGAAGAGGAGGAGGAGGAGGACGACGACUCUGACGAAGAGGAUACAGACGAUGACGAUGAGCCUGGACAGGCUCCAGAGGGGGCGUACGACCCCGCCGACUACGCCAAUCUGCCCGUCAGCACCGAGGUCAAAGAGCUGUUCCAGUACAUCACACGUUACACUCCUCAGUCCAUAGAGCUGGAGCACAGUCUGAAGCCCUUCAUCCCAGACUUCAUUCCAGCUGUGGGAGACAUCGACGCCUUCCUGAAGGUGCCGAGGCCGGACGGCAAAGUGGACAGUCUGGGUCUGCUGUUCCUGGACGAGCCCAGCGUGAAACAGUCGGACCCCACGGUGCUGUCGCUGUGGCUGUCUGAGGAGACCAAACAACACGGAGCCACCGAGUUGAAGAAGGUGACGAGCGUUGCCAGUCCUCAGUCCAACCCUCGGGUGGUGGACAGCUGGGUGGAGAGUAUCGGCGCCCUGCACCGCUCCAAACCUCCCGCCAGCGUUCAGUACGGCCGCCCGAUGCCCGACAUCGACAGCCUGAUGCAGGAGUGGCCGGCCGAGCUGGAGGAGCUGCUGGGCCGCCUGCAGCUGCCCCCCGCCCGCCUCCGCUGCAGCCUGACCCAGUACACCGACGUGGUCUGCAGCCUGCUGGACAUCCCCGUUUACAGCAGCAGGAUCCAGUCUCUGCACCUGCUGUUCAGCCUCUACCUGGAGUUCAGGGACUCGCAGCACUUCACGCGCAGAGCGCAGACCUGAGGACAGAGGGAGGCGAGACGGG